AUGCCUGCGACCGUUUCUCAGCCCAGUAGCCAUCAUGAGGCUCUCAAUCCCAUUCAUCCUGACAUGCUAGACCGUCUCGACCCGACCUUCGUCGACCUCUACAAUGAACAUGUUGCGAACAUCCCUAACAAGCCCAUUGAUCUUGCCUUCCUUCGAUCCAAGUACUCGGUCCUUUAUUCAUAUGGCACCGGACCAGCUCCAGAUGUCGGACGCAUAUACGACUCCAAAAUCCCAGUGGAUGGGGGCGUUGAACUAGAUAUACGUAUAUAUGAGCCUUCUUCACCAGGACCGUGGCCCGGACACGUCGAUUUCCAUGGUGGGGGAUGGGGAUUGGGGGAUUUAGACACGGAAUCGCACAUCUGCAGACAUAUCUGCCACAAGGCAAAUGUUGUUGUUAUUGAUGUCGCCUAUCGCCUUGUGCCAGAAAAUCCUUUCCCCACCGGCAUUGAAGAUUCAUUCGCAGCCGUUAAGUAUAUCUUCGAGCACGGAGCGGAAAGAUUCAAUAUCAAGCCGAGCAUUUCAUUGGGCGGGGUAUCCGCAGGAGCCAAUAUUGCCCUCGUAUGUGCACAUUGGGCGCGGGAUGCAAAGAUUCCCGUGAAACUAGUGGCUACCGGCACACCAACAAUCGAUGACCUCUCGACGUACUCAUCACCUUCCGAGUCACCCUUCAAGUCGAUGCAAGAGAAUCAAUUUGCUCCUACGUUGAACUGGGCACGACUGGCCUGGUUCGACAAGCUCAAGUGGAGCUCCUUGUCAACUGAUCCCGCCAUCGAGAAGAAGCAACGUGAACGAAUUGGCUGGGUGAAAAACCUGCUCGAUGCUCCCAACUUCAAGGAAUUACCGAGGACCGUUAUUUACACGGCCGGUGCGGAUCCUCUGAGGGAUGAAGGCGAAGCCUACGCUAUGAAGCUCGUCGAGAAUGGUGUUGAGGUCGUGCUGAAGCGAUUCCCGGGAGUGCCACACCCUUUCAUGCAUAUGGAUGGUGCUCUCUGGCAAGCCUCACAGUUUAUCGACAUGACAUCCAAAGAGAUACGCGUGGCGCACGAGGGGUCCGAAUAUGUCUUGUCGCAGAAGAUCACUACCCCUCUCAUCGCUCGAAUGGAUUCCCAGAUGAACCGGCGCACUGUGUGUUCUCGGUGUGCCAAAAUCAAACAGGCAUGUGACGGAAGCUCGCCUUGCUCUCGCUGUAAACGUCUAGACGUUGCCUGCGAACCCAAUCUCAAUGGAACCCGCGCGGCCGACGGAGGCAGCCUCUCCUUGAAGCCAGUUAAAAUCACCAGAACUCACGCUGGGUGUCUGACCUGUAAGAAACGGAAAAGAAAAUGUGAUGAAUUGCGGCCCAAAUGCUCGGAUUGCCGAAGACUCUGCCUCGAAUGCAAUUAUCUCACCACCCAAGCGUCUGAAGUGCGGCGCCACUCGAAUCCUUCCCAAUCAAUCACCACUGGCAACUCUGCGGGAAGAAGAACAGAAAUUUCUUUGGAUGCUCACACCCCGAACGAUGGCAGUCUCGAUUUUGAUCUCCCCUUUCUCGACGAAACGGCCGACACUAGCAGUUGGGGCGACUGGACCGACUGGUGGCCGAUCACGUCCCAGGCUCAAAUGGCCGAUUACUCUGGAAUCACGCCCUCGCCCAAUCCGGGCCUGUCGCUGUUGAUGCUCUCGACGGCACCAGACAUCGCAACAGAUGAAGACAAGUCCCUCCUCAACCACUACAUGAGAGUGGUAGCGGGAGUGCUGUCACGACGUGACGAUCAUCGAUCCAAUCCUUAUCUUUCAAAGGUUCUUCCCAUGGCAUUCUCAAAUCAGCUGGUGAUGGAUGCCGUGCUCGCUCUCAGUGCCAAUCAUUGGAAGAAAUUACAACCGACUGUGUGGAAACGGGGCACCAUACAUCAGACAAAUGCCUUGCAGUCACUCGCGAAGCUAUUGCCUCACAUCGAAAACGAUUCCGCUGAUGCAGCACUCUCCGCCACUCUCUUGCUUUGCAUGAUUGAAUUGUUUGACGGUACGUCAUCGCACUGGAAAUUCCACCUCGACGGUGCUCGCCGUCUUCUCUCGGCUUUCGAGCGAAAAUCCGGCUGGUCGCAGCGGACCGAAUUCAGGACAUUUUAUCGCCAGCUCUACCAUUAUCUUGAUUCUGCAACGACGAUAUCCACCUGCCACCCCCCAUUACUGGAAGUGCCCAAAGAUGAGCCCGAAAGGGACGGGACCUCGAAUGCAUCUUCUCCCCGGUACAAUGUGGAUGAUGAAGAAGCACUUUAUGGUGUUCCAAAGUCACUGUUUCAUUUCGUGGACAAAAUCAAUGGUCUGGCUUAUCAACGCAAAUUCCGCGAUGACCCUGUGUUUGAAAAUAUGUUUCGCGCCUCUGCCACAAGCCUACAAAAGGAACUAGAGCAAUGGGCUCAUAGUCAUAGGCUAGAUGAACCACCAUCGCAUUGGCCUGGCUCCUCUCAAGACACCGCUGCACAUUAUGCGGCCACUGCGUUCGAACAGGCAUUACAGCUCCGCUUGCACCAGGUGGUGAACGGGUAUUCCUUGGAGCACGGCAAGGUGAAGCAGUGUGUCACUCAUAUCCUUGACGCCAUCCAGGAAAUACGCUAUGGCAGUCCUCUGGAGAGCAGUCUCGUAUUUCCCCUCGUUAUGGCGGGAAGCAGUUGCGACACCCAAUCCGAAAGACUGAUUAUUAGAGAUAGAUUUUUGAUCAUGGAAAGGACGCUGGGAUUCCGUUACAUCUAUACGGCCCACGAAUUGGUUCAGCGAGUCUGGAAGCAGCGCGAUUCAUACGGACGAGCUGAUAAGGACGUCAACUGGGCUGCUAUACGGUACUUCGAGAUUCCCGGGCUUGCUCUCGUCUAA